AUGGAAGAGAUUCUAGCCAUCCAACCCAGCACCUUCCCGUUGAGAAAACUACCGUUUGUCGCAUUGAAACACGUGAUUAAAGUCAUGGAGAUUGAUGAAAUAUUGAAAACAGCAGUUACUUCAAAAUAUAUGGAAUGCGUUGUAAAAUCAUCAUGUAUUCGAGUUGAGAAAGCAGUUCUUUAUUUUGAUGAUAUGCGUGCCGCGAUAUUCUUAAAAAAUCCAAAUUUGACGGUGCUUUGUAUUGCGUUUAUUUCCGAAUCAUACGAGGAGGCAACUGUGGCAAAACAAGAUUUGAAGCCUUGGCUAUCCGAAACAUCGACAGUCCUCGAAACAACACUUCAAUUAUUCCUCCGAAUUCGCAAUUUAUUCCAAUGCGGAUCGUUCGAUCUUCAAAUAUCGUUGACAAAAAAAAAUUCAAAGAUGCAAGAAAUAAUGGAAAUCCCUGAUUUUCGAAACUAUGAAAGAUUGUCUUUGUCUGGUCGAAAGUUCGAGAAGGACGAGUUUGAUUAUGUGAUGGAGUUUGGAAGAGAAGACCAAAAAUUGAGGAUAAUCAAAGGACAAAUUCCAGAGGACUAUUAUCAUCCGAAUCUCUUCAAGUAUACCGACGUCCAUUAUUGCGAUUCGCGGUGGAUUCGCCUUGAACAUCUUCUUUCAAUCAAAGAUAAUGGUAUAAUUAGACUGGAAAACAGCAAAUUAACUCAACCUGAAAUCAACACAUUUCUGAGACAUUGGGUGAAUUCGGAGCAUGAUAUGUUCAGACAGAUGGAAAUUGUCAUAGAGAAAGGAGAUCGAAUCCAUUUUAGUGUUAUGUUUCGUGGUUUGGUUGCUUUGUUGGGACAGCGAUUUGAGAGUGACUACGUUUUAAUCGCAGUCAAAUCUCCGGAAACCCGAAAACAACAGAUACUGAGCAUGAAUUUCGAGGAUAACUCCAUCUUUAUGUUCACAUGGGCAAUUAAUGAACGAGUCGUAGAAGUUAUAGGAAGCGAUGAUGAGCCGUAUGCUCCUGAAUCUGAAAUUCUGAGAAUGUUAGAACGGAAAAAAGGACUGAAAAUGGAAUUGAAGAAAGAUCCGAAAAAGUUGGAGAUUCGAAAAGAGAUUGAUGAAAUUGAGAAGGAGCUAUGCAGGAGGGGAAUGACAUUUCUAAAUGGGUGGCCUACAUUUUUUAAAGCUGAUAUAGUAUAG